GAAGGCUCAAUGUUACCGUUUUAUAUUUCAUCGGCUUUAUCAAUGAGAAGGUAUUUAGAAAAUGGAUAAGUCACUACUUGUAGCCUGGUUUGUGCUCGCCAUUCAUUGGCUGGGCGUCAGCGCUCUGAUUGGACUAAGACCAGCUAACCAAACCCCUCACAAGGAUGAUGACGACUCUCGUCCCUCGCCGACUUCACCAAAACCACAUCAAUCACUGUAUUCUCAGCUCCAUUCUCCAUAUGAGCUGCCAAAAUUUAUCCACAACUAUACGAUUAAGGAGAUAUCCAAUCAAGCUACAGAUAGAGACGGAUGCGACCUGUCUACAUCCCUUCAGUGCUCGGCGAGGCUGCUACGCCAAGCUAUUGCAAAUGACACAGAUAUAUGUAAUGAUGUUGAGACAUUUGGUCGGUGUGUAAUUUGCAGUCUCAGAAAUGUUGGAAGGAGAGAAUUCGUAAUGGGUGUUACAGCUUUCCAGAAAUUACACAUCAAGCUUCGAGACGAAUAUCGUUGCCAUGGAAACACGACUCCUGUUGUAGAUGUAUCUCGUGCUAGACAUUUGAUUUCUAAACGACAAGGGGAUUCCUGCUGCAUUGAACAGCUUUCAAAGUGUUCGUUUCAAACAUAUUUGAAAAUAAUCAGCAACAGAACUAACACGUGCUCCGGAAUAUCUUACUUAAAUAUCUGUAUGAAUGAAAACGUGUGUGGAAGAAAAGUAAUACUGAAAUCUUUGGAGGAAAUGUUAAGGCGGUUAAUGUUCACAUGCCAGUAGAUUUAUCUUAAUAUAGGCUGUUAACAAUAGCGCUAAGGGGUCAGUUACAUAUUUCUACCUAUAAAGUAAAUUAUUGAACUGGAAUCUACUGCAUCAAGUCUAAUAGCCGAUACUUAACAAUACAGAUCCUUAACGAGAGACAAACAACAUCCCAGAUAUCUAAUUACGCAUUAAUUGAUGCAUUGAUCCUUGUAGAUGAUGCUGCUUUUUAAUAAGACAUAGAUAAAAAAAUGUUUCUAGAACUCGUCGAGAAAGAGAGAAAGGAUGAUUUAAGGUUGUACACAAACAAACAAAUGGUUGUGAUUACGUUGUACAUAUCUUUUCAUAAUAUUAUCAUAUCAUUUAUCGUAUCAUUAAAUAAUGUCUUCACUCAAUGUACUCCAAAUGUCUUUCAUAUCCUAACGUCACAGACGUUUACUUGCGGUAUACAGAAGAAUAUUUGAGACUCAUAAUGAGUGCAAUGUAAUUAUUCUUAUGUGUUUGAUGAAACAAGUCUGUCACCAAUGUUUCGAAUAUAGCUGCUAAAUACUAUAUGUAGGUGAAUGUGUACGUGUUAACUACGUUUUGAGUUUUCCGUCAUUGAUGUAGGUGUUUUAUGGCAGCUAUAACAUAACCAGAA